CACACAGUCCGUCAAUCCCCUCUAAAAACUUCUCCACUACUCCAAACAAACCCUCACAAAAACCCUCAACCCCGCUCGUCCCACGGCGGCCGGUACUCCUCAAUGGCUUCCACACCAACAUCAGAACUCUCCGACGGACCAGUCCUCAACCUAAUCAACAAACGCCUCCGCGCACUCCGCAAAAAACAAAACCGUAUCCACCAAAUGGAAGAAUCCCUCAACAAAGGCAAAACUCUCAACAAAGAACAAGAAGAAACUCUCAAAUCCAAAACCUCCGUUAUCGCCGCUAUCGACGAGCUCGAAAAACUCCGUCAACCUCUCGCUAACGCCGUCGCUGAAGAAAUCCGCUCGUGCCACGUGUCUCCACCACAACCUACUGAUAAUACCAAUAAUAAUAAUACUAGUGUUAUUGAAGAUUUACUUAAGGUGUUGUAUUUUGGUAUGAUGUUUGAUGUGAAAUCAUUACAGAGUAAUGAAUUUAAUGCUACGAUGUUAUUAUCAAGGACUAUGGAAAGAGCUUGUUGUUUGAGUUAUGAUUGUAUGCCUGUUGUUGAUGAUGGUGAUGGUGAUGAAGAAUCGAGUAACGAUGUUAUGGAUCUGUUAGGAGAGAAGGAUUUGGAUUUGAUUUCGAUGCUUAGCGGAUUGCUCGUUUCGAGACCUGUUAAUUCUCCUUUAUCGCAUAAGUACGCGCUUGAGAAGUGUAUUGAGCAUGCUAAGAUGUGGAUUGAUAAGUCUGAGCAGCCGAUUGAAGCGAAUACUGAUGUUACUUAUGCCGGGCUGAGAUCCAAGCUGGAUAAGAUCAUUGGCUCACUAUAUUUUACUACUGACCCUGUUAAAGUGGAGGCAGCUGCUGGUAAAUAUGGGUCUUAUGCAGUGCCAGUUGAAGAGCAUGUGGAGGAUGUGCCUGUUGAUGUACCCCUGCAAGUGGACACCCCAAGUGUGCAGUACGAGCAGAAGGAAGAAGAAGCUGCAAGUUCUCAAGAAAUUGAAACUACCGAAAUUCACAUUAGUAAUGUCGAACUGCAGCAGGGGGAACAGGAUAACAACAUGUCUGAACAACCUGCUGAACCACAAGAAGUCGUACCUGAGGCUGAAGGUGUUGAUAAUAUGAAGGAUGCAGGUUUCAAUGAGCAACAAUCUGUUCCCCGGAGGUCUUAUCAGAAUCAGAAUUACAGGGGUAAUCGUGGUGGGAGUGUGGGUGACCGUCGUGGAUACUCCAAUGGGCGUGGAGGACGUGGCAGGGGAGGGUCCUACCAGAAUGGUGGCCGCAAUCAAUACUAUGACCAAUCUGGUAAUUACCAACAGAGGAACUAUAAUAGCUAUAGGGGAAGGGGUGGCAGGGGUACAGGUGGCGGCGGGGGCUAUAAUCAUUAUGCUUCAGGUGAUCAAGCUGGCAGUUACUCUGGUGAUUUAAGGUGAUUAUAAUAUUUCCUUUUGCUAGCUUCGUCAAGGUGGUCGAGUUGUUUCCCUAUUACAUGGAUGCACACAAGUGUUUUCUGCUUGCUCGUGUAUUAUUCUGGACACUUUUUGUAGCUGAAAGAAUUGGGAAAUCUGUUAUCAAUUUGAGAAAGAAUAGAGCCAUUGUCGCUUGUUCUUAACA